AUGGAGAAUAAACGUAAAACUAGUCAGACAAAAGUAAAUGAAGAGAGCAAAGAUAGCCCCAGGAACGAAAAACAGCCUCAGAGUCCAAGACAAUGGGCCAGAGACAGUCAAGGUCGCCAGCAGGAACAGAAUCGAUCGAAAAGUAGAGGUCGAGGAAGCCAAAAAUCGUCAAAGCAACAAUGGAAAGAAGAAGCCUGUGGAGAGAAACAAGAAAGCGGUACCGUCGACAGUGUUAGGCAUAAACAAGAUAAUGGAGGUGGAAGACGGGGAAAAUGCCUUGAACGAGCACAUUGGGAGAUACCGCAAGAGCAACCAUCUCUGCAGAUGUCAAAGGUUCAGUCGAACAAACAAACCCAACGCGGAAAUGACGCUUGGCAAUUACAACAAGCAUGCAAGGAGCAAUUGCACCAGAGCACACAGAUAAGCUCCCCCGAUCGUAUAAAACAGCAGGCAGCCGUCAUCCUAAACCAACCCAGUGGAUGUGCCCACCGUAACGACCAAAAACAAGAAGCAACCGGAGAUGAAGGCUGGGGGUCAAAAAAUUAUUUCGGAAGUGCGCAUCCAGGACAAUUCGUAGCAAGAGCGGGAAGAUGUCGGCGGACCAGGCAGCAACACCCUGAAAGCGGUGAUUGCAAUUUGCAGCAAGUUGGACAAAGCCAAUCGCAACAAACCAAACAGAAAGUAUCCCCGGAAGUCUGGCGGCACCAAUCAAGCGCUACGGCAACCCAACAAGGCGCCACUGCCAAGAGCGUCGGUCAAUACUGGGACUCGGAGGGGCGUCCCGGAGGAGCAGUUCAAGAGGAAUAUAGGGAAGGAGCUUGGGGAGGCCAACAAAUCAGACCGCAACACUGCGAAACUGACAAAGGGAAAACGCAACAACACAAACAAAAAGUUUCACCAAAUCAAAAAGCAUCUGGAGCGGGUCAUUGUGCCGUUGAAGGCACAAUUGGCAGAAGGGGAGUAUGUGAAGUAAACUAUUUACGUAUGAAUAUAGAUAAAAUGCCUGACGUGGCUUACCAUUAUGAUGUAUCCAUUAAGCCUGAUCGUCCAAAGAAUUUCCUUUGGCCAAUUUUUGAUCAGUGUCAAAAACAACAUUUUGGCGAUAUCGCAAUGGCUUUCGACGGCUCUAAGAGUUGUUACUCAUUGCAACUUCUUCCUAAAAAAUCUUAUGAAUUUUUUAUAGAUGUGGUCGAUGGAGCUACCCGUACAAAGACUUUCGAAAUUCAGAUUAAACAGACUGGUGUACCUGAGGUCGAUUUAGCCUCCUUGCGGUCAUACCACAAUGAACUCGUCUUCGACAAACCUAUGCGAGCUUUGCAGGCUCUGGAAGUGGUUCUGGCGUCGAAUAAUCACGCACUUGGUAUUAGAUCUGGUCGUUCGUUUUAUCGUAAGCCCGACGAGUAUUACGAUUGGGGCGACGGUUAUGAAAUGUAUACGGGGAUUUAUCAAGCCGCUAUUCUAGGCGAAGUACCACUACUGAACGUAGAUAUUUCUCACAAAUCGUUUCCCAAACCUCAAUCUUUGGUUCAAUGCUUGAAGUAUUAUAAAAUAGAUCCACGGUACACAAUGGCAGAUGGUCGCAUCAAGAAGUUCAUUCAGCAGUUUUUGAAAGCGAUUUACAUUACCUACUACAUGCCGCCACCUAGCUUCGGAGCCCUGCCAAAAAUCUAUAAAGUUUUAGAUAUUGACGAUGCACCCGCAAGAAUUACAACACGCCCAAAAAAACGCGAAAUAUCGCUACCAAUGGAGUUCUGCUCUGUAACCGAAAAUCAAGUCCUAAACCGUAAGAAUGGCAGUAUACAAGUCACAAAAAUGAUCAAGUAUGCUACCACAUCUACAGACGAGCGGAAAAAUAAAAUAAUGAACUUAUUGACGCAUUUUUGUCAUAGCCAGAGUCCAACCAUUCGGGCUUUCGGCAUUCAGUUGGGCAGUAAUUUUAUAAAAAUCCAUUUCCGUCUUUUGUCACCGCCGGAUGUAGAGUAUUGCGGCGGCAAAACCGUGCGUCCAUGUGAAGGCGCUUGGCAAGUGACAAAUGCAAAGUUCUUAGAGACUGUCAACGCCCAACCAGGUCACAAGUGGGCAAUAAUUUACGAGAACAAAGCAUCGAUUAGUAUGCACGUAGUAAUGGAAUUCAAAAAGACUGCUGUCGUUGUAAUAAGCUACGGUGCGUCCUAUUCUAUGAUAAAACAAAAAGCAGAACUUAGAGUGGGUAUUUUGACACAGUGCAUUAAGGAAAAAACCGUAUCCCGUGCGUAUACUGAUAUGUCAGUAAUGAGAAAUUUGAUGCUAAAACUGAGCGCGAAGCUGAAUGGAACCAAUCAUAAGGUGGCCGAAGAAAAAGAAGAGGGAAUAAGGAAGCUUCUGCAGUCCAUUCGUAAUGUCAUGUUUAUUGGUGCCGAUGUAACGCAUCCGUCACCUGAUCAGCGCCACAUACCCAGCGUGGUGGGUGUAGCAGCAUCUCAUAAUGCUCACGGACCCUGUUACAACACCCAAUACAGGCUGCAAAUGAAAUCUAUCAUCGAAGAUGUUUUAGACGUGUACAAAAGCUACCAAGAUCGUUAUCCCGAUCAUAUAAUCUACUACCGAGAUGGGGUUUCGGAUGGCCAGUUCCCUAUCGUUAGGAGGGAAGAGUUUCGUGGAAUACGCCACGCCUGCGCUCAAUUGGGUUGCAGGGCGAAAGUGACGUGCAUCGUUGUCGUGAAGCGACAUUACACACGAUUUUUUCCACUGCCUCAAGGAAAGGGUGGAAGAGAUUUUAAUAACGUGGAACCGGGUACAGUAGUGGAUCAAUACAUUGUCCAUCCAAAUGAGAAGCAGUUUUUUUUGGUGAGCCAUAAAGCCAUACAAGGCACAGCUAGACCAACACGAUACAAUAUCAUUGAAGACGAUGCCAACUUUGAUAUCGACGUUUUGCAAAAGCUUACCUAUAAUAUGUGUCAUAUGUUCCCGAGGUGUAACAUGGCAGUUUCCUAUCCGGCACCAGCCUAUCUGGCUCAUCUCGUAGCUUUUAGGGGACGCGUCUACCUGGAAGGUAGUGCUACCAGGUUUGGAAAUUUGAAAGACGAGUAUAGAAGGCGGCGAGUUCAUCCCAGUUUAAAAAAAUGCAACCCUAUGUUCUUCAUAUAA